GCAUGUCAAAACAUUCUGCUUUCUCUUUCUCUCUGUUUCUGUGUUUUGUGUCUGUUCAGUAGAAUCCAUUGAACACAGUUUCUGAGACAGAGGGCAAAAUGGGGCGGCAGCCAGCUGAUAAGGCAAAACCAAAACACAGGAAAGGGUUAUGGUCACCCGAAGAAGACAAUAAGCUCAGAAACUAUAUUCUCAAGCAUGGCUAUGGCUGCUGGAGCUCUGUUCCCAUCAAGGCAGGGUUGCAGAGGAAUGGGAAGAGUUGCAGAUUGAGGUGGAUCAACUAUCUAAGGCCAGGGUUGAAGAGAGGGAUGUUCAGCAAACAAGAGGAGGAGAAAAUCUUGACCCUUCACCACAUGCUAGGCAACAAGUGGUCUCAGAUAGCUCAACACUUACCAGGAAGGACAGAUAAUGAGAUAAAGAACCACUGGCAUUCAUAUUUGAAAAAGAAAGUGGCCAAGGCAGAGGAAAUACAAUCUCAAAAUAAUAAACAAAUGCAGUAUGCUAGCUCAAGCUCAGAUACCUUUGAUUCUACUUCAUCAUCAAGUCAAAAACCAGCGAUGCCAAUCUCUGAUCACUGCUCUUCUUUGCAAAACUAUAACUUCAUCAAAGAGGCUAAUCAGAGCUCCUUGCCAAAGCUUCUUUUUGCUGAGUGGCUUUCACUAGAUCAAGCCAACAGUGGGAUCCCUGCAAAUUCAGGUGAUGACCCUUUUGUGUUUGGAAUUGGAAGUUUUGAUCAGUACUCAGAUUUCCACGAAGCUGCAAUGCAUGGUGUAUCAGAAGGAGGAAGCUAUGGUGGACAGUUUGAUAAUGGUCUAACAACCCCAAAUGCUGCAGCAGCUUCUGAAGUCUUCAAUGCACAGUUCAAGAUGGCAAAUCAAAUGGCAGGAAAUGGGGUCAUCCAUUUUCCAAGUUUCAGCAUGAACAAUGAUGAAAUGUACAUGUAGAAGCAGAGUUUCCAAAGCGACGCAAAAGAGGAAGAAUAGUCUAUAAUUAUACUUCACAGGAAAAAAAAAAAAUCAACCUAUAUCAACACACACACACGCACGCACGCACACAUUCAUUACGAAGAGUUUGAGUUGGCCAUUUCAAAUGACUUCAAUAGGAUGCCAGAAAAGUGUAAUUUAACUGUUACUCAUUCGGAGUUGCUUACCUAUGGAAUCUUGUUUCAGAUUACAGAGUCGAAACUUUAUGGUUUUAUUUCAAUAACGUUUGCUGCAAAUCUUGUACAUUUCGGAGUUGAUUUAUAUGUUGUCCAUUAUAUUAUGGAAGGACGUGGGGA